CCUCGGACUUGUGGACUGGUGGCUGCAGCAAAGCUAAAAGUGGACAUUUACGAGCAACACGCGGAGAAUACAAAAUACUGCGUUUUAUCAAGAUGGCGCUCACUCAGGUGUCCUCCAACAAGUGUGCCGGAGGUUUCCAGAAGGUCUUUGAGCAUGACAGCGUGGAGCUGAAGUGCAAAAUGAAGUUUGCCGUCUUCCUGCCGCCCAAAGCGGAGACGCACAAGUGCCCCGUCCUAUACUGGCUCUCAGGCCUGACGUGCACCGAGCAGAACUUCAUCACCAAGGCAGGAAGUCAGCUGGCAGCGGCGGAGAACGACAUCAUCAUCGUUGCGCCCGACACCAGCCCACGCGGCUGUGGCGUGGAGGGCGAGGACGACAGCUGGGAUUUGGGCACCGGCGCUGGUUUCUACGUGGACGCCACCCACGAGCCGUGGAAGAACAAUUAUCGCAUGUACUCCUACGUCACCCAGGAACUGCCCAAACUGAUCAACAGCAACUUCCCCGCCGACCCAGACAGGAUGUCCAUAAGCGGCCAUUCCAUGGGCGGCCACGGGGCGCUCAUUUGUGCCCUCAAGAACCCCGGAAAGUACAAGGCUGUGUCUGCGUUUGCCCCCAUCUGCAACCCCAUGCAGUGCCCGUGGGGGCAGAAAGCCUUCAACGCCUACCUCGGUCCUGACCGCACCACCUGGGAGGCAUACGACGCCACAACCCUGGCGUCGGGGUACUCUGGCCCGCAACUGGACAUCCUGAUAGACCAAGGCCGCGACGACCAGUUCCUGUCCGCCAGCCAGCUGCUGCCCGACAACCUGAUCGCCGUCUGCUCCGAAAAGAAGAUCCCCGUUGUCUUCCGCCUGCAGCCUGGCUACGACCACAGCUACUACUUCAUCUACUCCUUCUUCAAUGACCACAUCAAGCAUCAUGCCAAGUUCCUCAACGCCUGACCAACCUCUCCACAGGCCAGCCAGCUAGCCACCGUUAGCAUGUGACUGUGUGUCGCUUGCUAGUUUUACACAAUAAAAGGUCCU